AUGUCUAUUGAAAUUGAAUCAGCAGAUGUAAUUCGACUCAUCCAACAAUACCUGAAAGAAUCUAAUCUCCACAAAACUCUUCAAACUCUGCAGGAAGAGACUGGGGUUUCAUUGAAUACCGUUGAUAGUGUGGAUGGUUUCUGCUCUGACAUCAACAAUGGACAUUGGGACACUGUGCUGAAGGCAAUCCAGUCAUUGAAAUUGCCUGACAAAAAGUUGAUAGAUCUAUAUGAACAAAUUGUUUUAGAGCUGAUCGAGUUGAGGGAAUUGGGUGCUGCUCGAUCCCUGCUCAGACAAACAGAUCCUAUGAUUAUGUUGAAGCAAAAUGAACCUGAGAGAUAUAUUCAUUUAGAGAAUUUAUUGGCUAGAUCAUAUUUUGAUCCUAGAGAGGCAUACCCUGAUGGUAGUAGCAAAGAAAAGAGACGCACGGCAAUAGCUCAUGCGUUAUCUGGAGAAGUAUCCGUGGUGCCUUCUUCUCGUCUCCUCGCUCUUCUUGCUCAAGCAUUGAAAUGGCAACAACAUCAGGGUUUGUUACCGCCUGGAACUACAAUCGAUUUAUUCAGAGGUAAAGCUGCGAUCCGAGAUCAAGAGGAUGAACAGUACCCCACGCAAAUGGGAAAGCAGAUCAAAUUUGGACAGAAGUCGCAUGUUGAAUGCGCCAGGUUUUCGCCGGAUGGUCAAUAUUUGGUCACGGGCAGCGUGGAUGGAAUCAUUGAAGUGUGGAACUUCACGACUGGUAAAAUUAGGAAGGAUUUAAAGUAUCAAGCGCAAGAGAACUUCAUGCUGAUGGAACACGCGGUUCUGUGCUUGGCUUUCUCGCGAGACAGCGAAAUGCUGGUCACAGGUUCUCAAUCUGGUAAGAUUAAGGUGUGGCGGAUCAGCUCCGGUCAAUGCCUUAGGAAGAUCGAGAAAGGACACUCGAAGGGUAUAACUUGUCUCCAGUUUUCAAGGGAUAACAGUCAAGUGUUGAGCGCAUCGUUCGAUUACACAAUCAAAAUUCACGGUUUGAAAUCUGGUAAAGCUUUAAAGGAAUUUAGAGGACACACGUCGUUCGUUAACGAAGUCACUUUCACACAAGACGGUCAUAACGUUUUAAGUGCUUCUUCUGAUGGUACAGUCAAAGUAUGGAACGUCAAAACAACAGAAUGUAUUAGCACGUUCAAAUCCAUUGGAACUGGAGACACAACAGUGAAUAACAUACAUACCUUCGCCAAAAACCCUGAACAUUUCGUUGUUUGCAAUAGAACGAAUACAGUAGCAAUUAUGAAUUUAUCGGGACAGAUCGUACGUUCAUUUUCGAGUGGUAAAAGGGAAGGAGGAGACUUCGUUUGUUCGACGGUAUCUCCAAGAGGUGAUUGGGUUUACUGUGUAGGUGAAGAUCUGGUCCUCUACUGCUUCUCUACCAAUUCUGGAACAUUGGAAAGAACAUUGAAUAUACACGAAAAAGAUGUUAUUGGUAUUGCGCAUCACCCUCACCAGAACUUGCUAUGCUCUUACAGUGAAGACGGUUUAGUCAGAUUAUGGAAACCUUAAUAGAUAUAAGUACAAAAGUGAAUAUCGAUUAUUUGCGUUAUGUAAUUCGCGGAUUUAUAAGAAAAUAAUAUUAAUUAAUAAAACGAACUCGAUGACAAAAACUAUCUAUAAAAU